AUGAAGUCUGAAAAAGAGCAGGUGACUGAGAGUAGGGAGAGAAGCAUCGUAGAGAUACAAUUCAGGGAAAUCCAGCGGGACCAGGACAGUGUGCCAGCGAGCCCAAAAGUAAAGGAAGAGAAAAAAGAAGUUUUUACGAAGGUUGUCAUAAGAAGAUUGCCACCGAGUCUAUCCAAAGACCAACUGGAAGAGCAACUAAGUCCAUUGCCAUCCUAUGACUAUUUUGAAUUCUUCCCUGCUGAUCACAGCCUUUAUCCCCACCUUUUCUCCAGAGCCUACAUCAACUUCAAAAACCCAGAGGACAUAGUUCUCUUCCGAGACCGAUUCGAUGGUUAUGUUUUCAUAGACAGUAAAGGCCAGGAAUAUCCAGCAGUGGUAGAGUUUGCCCCAUUUCAGAAAAUAUCCAAGAAGAAACUAAAGAAGAAGGAUGCCAAAGCAGGGAGCAUUGAAGAAGACCCAGAGUACAAGCGGUUUUUGGAGACCUACUCCUGUGAUGAAGAGAAAUCUAUGGCCAAUCCAGAAACACUACUGGGGGAAAUUGAAGCAAAGACCAGAGAACUCGUAGCUAAAAGAACAACACCCCUGUUGGAGUACAUCAAGAAUAAAAAGCUGGAAAAACAGAGGAUCAGGGAAGAGAAGCGAGAGGAGAGGAGGCGCAGAGAGCUGGAGAAGAAGCGACAGAGGGAGGAGGAGAAGAGGAAACGAAGGGAAGACGAGAGGAGGAAGCGCAAGGAGGCAGAGAAGCAGAAGAAGCUCUCCGAGAAGGACAUCAAGAUCAAGCUUCUGAAGAAAUGUGACCGUGAUGAUGACCUGGACUCAGACCGGCUGAAGGACAAAGGAGACAGCGGAGAGACGGACAGGAACAAGUGGGACAAGCAAGCCGCUCACAUGAAGUCCAAAGAGCAGAAGGAAAAGGGUCAGGGAGAGAGUGACAAAGAGCAGCGUGACCAGCUCCCUCAGCCGCAGCAGCAGAGUCACACCCGGCGGCAACGUGACCGCGAGCACCGGGGGCCGCGGGACGAGGAACGCAAGCGCCAACGCCACCACCACCACCACCAUCACCACGACUUCGACAAGUUCCCGCGCCGCAAGGACCAAGAGACCAAGUGGGGCAAAGGUUACUGCCAGGAUCAGCGCUCCAAGAAAGAUGGCGGUGGCCACGGGCACGGGCAGCACCACGUGUACGGCUAUUGCCCCGGUGACGGUGCCAGUGACAAGAUGGACAGCCAGGACCUGGAUGACCUGGCCAGCCGCAAGGAGCGCAUCCGAAACAAGGAUCGGCCUGCCAUGCAGCUCUACCAGCCGGGGGUCCGUAACCGUAAGCGUCUGGGCUCGGCCGGUAGCAAGGCCUACGACUGUCCCGCCCAGUCGCCGGAGCACUGCGCUGACCUCUGCUACGACCUCACCCUGGGCACCGGGUCAGAGAAGAGCGGAGACGAGUAGAAGUGGAGGAUGG